ACUCUGCGCUGUUGAUCAUCACUGCCGGACAAUUUCUCGUGCGAGUAGUUGGUCAUUAUUUCAGAAAUCAAGCCGAAGAAUUUAGACAAUUGAGCUAGACCAAAAUGUCUCUGCUACCGAACGGAAGGAUGAGCUACUUGAUGCAGCGAUUCUUCAAACAGCAGUUCAGGCAACAAUGCAGGAGCAACCCAAGAGUUCCAGCCCCUAUCCAGCCAGCAAGACACAUACAAGUCCUUGCAGAUCUCGGACUCUCCAAGAACGAACCUCCAGACAUGCAGAUCCAUCAGAACAGAAGCGGCAUGCUUACAGCAGCGUGUACUUGGACUAGGGGCUAUGCUGGGGGGUCGACUAAUAAAUCAAAGUUGAUCAAGAAGGGGCCUCGUCCUGGCAAGAAAGAGAAGCAGCUCCAACCGGAGGUGUUCCAGAAGAUGAAAGUGAUUGCUGUAUCAGGACCCAUGACAGUAAAAGAGCUGCAAGAAGCCAUGGAUGUAGACGAAGAAUACAUCUAUGAAUUUCUCCUGGAAACAAGUAUUGAAUUCUCACCUUCAUCAGUGCUGAAGCCAUCUCUUAUUGAAGAUAUUGUGACAGAAUCAGACAUGCAUUUUCUACGCAUCAAGAAAAAGGAAACACCUGCCAAAGACAAGGAUGCAUAUCCAAGACCCCCAGCUGACCCCUCGCUUCUGAAGCUCCGCCCACCUGUAGUGACCAUCAUGGGACACGUUGAUCAUGGAAAGACCACCCUCCUGGACACGUUACGUAAGACCUCGGUAGCGGCCGGAGAGGCAGGGGGCAUCACUCAGCAUAUAGGGGCAUUCCAAGUCCAGCUUCCAUCAGGUCAAAUCAUCACAUUUUUGGACACGCCUGGUCAUGCGGCCUUCAAGGCCAUGAGGGAGAGGGGUGCAGAGGUGACCGACAUCGUGGUGCUGGUCGUCGCAGCAGACGAUGGUGUCAUGGAACAGACGAGAGAAUCCAUCAAAUACGCAAGGAAGGCUGGAGUUCCCAUCAUCGUAGCUUUGAAUAAGUGUGACAAGCCAGGUGCUGAUCCAGACUUCACAAGGAAAGACCUGCUCGCCAAUGAUAUCACUGUAGAGGAGUAUGGUGGAGACAUCCAAUGUGUGGAGAUUUCAGCACUAAAGGGCCGUAAUCUAGAAGCUCUGUGUGAGGCAGUGAUGACCCAGGCAGAGGUCCUGGAACUGAAUGCUGACCAGUCUGGUCUGGUAGAAGGGGUCAUCGUGGAAUGCAAAGUGGACAAAGGAAUGGGACCAGUGGUAACACUGAUAGUCCAGCGUGGUAUCCUGAAGAAGGGGGCAGUUUUGAUAGCUGGAACAGCCAAGUGCAGGGUACGUGCCAUGCAGAAUGAGAGGGGAGAGCCCAUGGAGCAGACACUGCCCAGUCAGCCCGUGGAGGUUACAGGAUGGAGGAACACCCCCGCUGCUGGAGAUCAAGUCUUACAAGUGGAAUCUGAGAAGCGGGCCAAGGAGGUCGUCAAGUGGCGGGAGGAGAGAGCAUCCACGUCCAAACUGGAGGAGGAUGCGGUCAUCGUGGAGAAGAAGAGCAGUGAGCAUCGGAGGACGUACGAAGCACGGCGGGAGGCACACUCCAAGAUGCAUUGGAGGGAGAUCAGGGCAGAGAAGGUGAAGGCGAGGUUCUUCAAAGAGAAGGAAUCGGCACCCUCGGGCGAUCCUGAGCUCAACUUGAUCAUCAAAGGAGACGUCGACGGAUCCGUGGAGGCCAUCCUGGACACCCUGUCCACCUACACGGCCCACCACCAGUGCAAGCUCAACGUGCUCAGCUUUGGGGUCGGGGUCAUCUCGGACAAUGACGUUGAGCUGGCGCACACCUUUGAGGGUGCCGUUGUGGGGUUCAACGUGUCGGCCACGCAGGAGGCUGAGGAGGCGGCCAAGGCCAAGGGGGUGCCGCUCAAGAUGCACGACAUCAUCUACAGGCUAGUGGAUGAUCUCAAAGAUGAUCUUAGUAAUAGGCUGCCCCUACUGGAACAGGAAUCUAUAAUUGGAGAGGCUGUUGUCCUACAACCCUUUGAGAUCUCUAUAGGCAGGAGAAAAGUGGGUAUAGCCGGAUGCAGGGUGGACAAGGGAGAGCUCCAGUCUAGGGGGCUAUUCAAGCUCAUCAGGAAUCGGGAGACUGUUCAUCAAGGACCACUGGCAUCGUUAAAGCAUCACAAAGAUGAUGUGAGCAGUGUGAAACGAGGAUUGGAGUGCGGCGUUCGGUUUGAAGAACAAUUAGACUACGAGACUGGAGACACUAUUGUAUGCUAUGAGAUAGAGAGAAUACCUCAGGAAAUUGAAUGGGAACUUGAUUUCUGAUUGAUUCAAAAUGAUAACAAUUAGAUUACUGGUAUAUUGUUUUACUCGACUGCUAUGAAAGCAUGUGUAUGCUUGUAUGUAAACAACCAGGGUACAAAGGGCUUUAAGUCCUCUCCGAGGGACUUGGUAAUACGGAUUAAUGCCUUACCAAAGGGCAUUAGCACAUCGACUUGGUUUUGAACCCAGGACCUCUCGGUUACGAGACCACUGCUCUACCACUGAGCCAUCACGCCUCCUUUGGACUAGAGAUCCUGUUACCAGUAUACAUGCUUCCCUCAUGAGAAAGAGCGAAUUCUAGGUGGAUGCGGGAACCAAUUUCUGACAAUUGGAUAUACACCAUCAUAUUGCUCUCAGAUUGAGAGAAACCCACAAGAAAUGGAAUGCAAACUUGAAUUUGAACAUCAGCCAGAUGAAGGGUUAGGAAUAAACAAAACAUGAUUACUGGACUUGAGCCCUAGUGAUUCAAUUCAAUUCAAGAAAAGAUUGAUGAAGUUUCAGAUGCAUCUAGAGAAUGUUUUUUUAACCCAUGAUGCGGCAAAGAAACACUGCGAAUUCCAAAAGAAUUAAAUGGGAACUUGAUUUCUGAUGAACCUAAAAAAUAGUUCAAAGAAGACAAUACACUCGUUCUCAUGUAUGCAAGCACAUUAACUUGAAUGAAAAGAGUAUAAUUUUUAUAAAUCUGAAGAACCAUAAUUUAUGAGACCAGUUGCAUUGUUCUCGAGUCCCAUGGACAAGUUAUCAACCUAAUGUGUUGAUAUCUCAGGAAUAAUGUGCAUAAAUUGAAUACUCUUUUGUUAUAUAGUUCAGUGCACAGACCAAAUAAGAACUGGGUGAGAAUGUUUUGCUUCAUGCAGUUGUCAUGUAGU